AUGAUUCUUGGGAACGUUCAGUUAGCGAUCAUAGAUUUUAGCAAACCCGCAAAAUUUGGUGUAAUAUUGAACUCAUAUCAGACAACACCCGAAAAAUUACCAACCACAAAAUGUACCGUCAAUUCACCAGAGAGAUUAUUAUACGAAUUGACAUCGGAAAUUUUCAAUUCUGGAGGACCUAAAUCAGAUCUCUGGGCAUUGGCUGUCACCAUCUUCGGAAUUCUUCCAGAGGCGAAUCCAAUUUUUCACAAGCUUUCUCAAAAUCCGAAGAUUUGUCUUCAGAAUAUCGUGACCAAGCUCGGAACCAAUUUACCUAGGGAUUGGGCUGAAGCUUUGGCGGCGAAUGGCAUUCAAAUCACCAUGUCCAAGUACAACGGAGAUGUGAGAAUGUCGAUAUAUCACUUCUCGGAAGUGGACUGCGGAAAGAGUAUCUGA